AUGGAGUCUCUUCCAAACUGCCUGAGGCUGAUGGAGGGCAGAACUUUUCUUCCUGUGCUGGCUGGCCAGGGGCACGGACUGCUCCCCAGACGGCCGUGCCAGCUUUGGCACCAGAUCUCUUUGUCAGAAGGAAACUCCCCACAAGGGGCCUUGCUGGAGCUGCCAGAGACGGACCCCACCGGCAGCUCGGGGGACGCAGGCCUCGGUCCUCAAGCUGAACCGCGGGUGAAACAAGCAUCUGCCAUUGGAAAGAAGGGUGACGACAGGAGAGAGGCCUCGGGGACCCCGCCUGCCUCGCCUGGACUCAGCCUUCAGUCCCCGAGACUGUGGGACGGCCGCAUCCGCUGGUUCAGCUGCUGGCACCAUUACAGGGCCACAUGGACAUGGGGAGGGCAGGGCACGGGCCAUCCCUCCUCCCCCCGCCCACGACCCGGCGCGCUGCCCUCCAGCAUCAGAGCUGGCCGGGACGCACGGCCCUUUGUGUCCUCUGCGAGGGAGCCACCAUCACCUCCCCGACCGGUGCCGUUAGCGCCAGAACGUCACCGCCGCGACGACCACCGCGCUGGCAUCACAGCUGCCGCUCCGCCCCUGCCGCCGCCUCUGUGA